AUGGCAGAGACAGAAAGCGAGCGUUACUCUGACGAUGAUGGUUUUCCAGAAACAGAUGUAACUUUGCUUGUAGAUGAUAAGAAAAUUCACGUUAACAAAGCUGUCCUUUCCCAGCAUUCACCAGUGUUCAGCGCCAUGUUUUCUGGAAGUUUUAAAGAGAGUACUGAAAGAGAGAUAACACUAAAGAACAAAAAGGCUAAGGAUGUUAUUGAGUUUCUUCGAUGUUUUUAUCCAAACAUGAAACAUGCAAUCACAGAAAGCAAUGUACUGCAGAUACUACCUUUGGCACACGAAUACCAGUCUCCUCUUGUUGCUGACUGUGAGAAGUUUAUGACAGACAUGUGUAAACCAGGAACUGGUCUGACAGUAACGACAUUACUGGAUUACAUCUUAACGGCCGAAAAAUAUGACUUAAAUACGUUACUGGAUACUGCAGUAGAAUUCUGUGGCCAUGUCGAUUUUGAUCUUCUCAAUGGCAGGACGUUUGAAAGAAAAGAGAAACAAAACUUUAAGAAAGGUUUUCUUUGCACAGAGUGGAAUUAUGAUGUGCAGGAGACCAAAUAUAUUUGUUCCAAAUUUUUAGAAAUGAAUCUGAAAACCCAGCAUGCAAUUUCAGUCCGAAGACUUCAGGUUCUUGAAAUGAAUAAAAGAAAAAUGAAAAAUGAAGAGGAGGAAAUUGAAGAAGAUUAUGUUAUUAAAUUAACAUAG